AUUGCAUGAUCAGAAUAUUCUGAUGAUACUGACUUUUAUUUGUGCAAAAGCACUUGACUAGGAAUUAGUAGAAACUCUCAACGAAGUGCAAGAGGCAGGAGAGGAUCUGAAUCCUUUGCCCUCUGUGUGUUACCAUGGCAAACAUCACCGGAACGCUGUGACUUACAUUUUCAUGUACGGUGCAUUGCACAGCUUUUGACAUGUGCGACAUUUGUAUUUCAGGCGAACGAGUGCUUCCAGAUGCGAGAAUGGAGGAAGAAAAGCUGGAAUGGAGCUUGAUCAUUUCUGAAAGGAAAAAUAAUCUCUUUCUCUAACCCCCUUUCUCCCUCCCUCCUUUCCUUGCUCUCUCUCUCUCUCUCUUUCUCUCUCUCUCUCUCUCUCUCUCUCUCUCUCUCUCUCUCUCUCUCUCUCUCUCUCUCAGUCCCAGCCCCUGAAGGUGUCAUAACCAUGCGCUCUCUCCCUCUCUCUCUAUCACCGCCUUUCAGAUCUUUAAAAGCUGCUGCUCUGUGCGUUUCUCAGGAUCGUGUCCUCUGGCACUCUGGCUGAACGGAGCACUGAGCAAGGAGAAAAGAGAAGCAGAUCUCCUUCAGAAAUAGCGUCGGGCAAGGAGCGCACAUACGAACGGUCGAAGGAAGGAGAGCAGAGUCCCACAGCUCAAAGAUGCCUUUGCUCUUGAACUUGACAGCUGUUGUCCUGUUGCUCAUCGCUCACUGUGGAUCCUGGACUCUGGCCAGUCGCUUGGGUACCCAUAAGAUCUGCCCGUCCUGCAAAGACUCCAGAGCUUCUCGGGACCACACUGGGGCAGCCAACACAGCUGUGCUGGCUUUAGGGGAGCCGUGUGGGGUAUACACACUGAGCUGUGCCAAGGGCCUGCGGUGCAUGCCUCCUCCACGUGACCUCAGCCCACUCCAGGCUCUGCUGCAUGGCCGAGGUGUAUGCACCAAGCCGAUCAGGACAAGUCCAACCGAAAAACCACACCCUCCAGGUCCACAUCCUUCGCACAGUGAUGAAAUCGAAAAGGCUCCGUGCCGGAAACUGCUCAACGCCGUGCUGCGUGGCCUCGAGCUCACCGUUUUCCAGUCUGAUCGUGACAUCUACAUCCCCAACUGCGACACUCGAGGCUUCUACAGGAAAAAGCAGUGUCGGUCCUCUAAAGGCAUGCAGCGAGGCCACUGCUGGUGCGUGGACGAAUUAGGCACCGCCCUGCCGUCCUACGGUGACGACGACGGCGCUUUACCGUGCGAUGGGGAGUAAGACAGGGUACGCUCCAAUACAUUUCUG